AGUGUACCUAAAUUUCUUAACGCGCUAACACGUCGUCGCCGAAAUCGCCAAAAGUACCUCAAAAUUGACAUAUUUUCAAAAUUUGAAAGUGGUAUCGUUUUCUGCAUUACUCAGAGUGUCCACAGUGAAAUUUUCGCGAAAAUCCGAGCACGCUAUCCUGGUUUAAACGGACGAUGAAUCCGAGAAUAUUUUAACAUACAAUUUAUAUCUCUAUGUAGGCGAUGCGACGUUGCCGGUAGAUCGCUGCAACCACGUUGCCAUUUUCCGAGAGGGCUUUUAACGCAAUGUGCUUUGGAAUGACGACUGCUUGUGACAGUUGAAUGCGCAAGUUGGAGUGGUUUCUGCGUUGUGUAAAUAAACUCAAAUGAUGGAUGUGAAAGGACGAAACAAAAUUCUCGUCAAGGACCUGAACAGUGUUAUCACUUGCAGAUUAUGUGAAGGAUAUUUAAUCGAUGCUACCGCCCUCACAGAAUGUGUCCAUGUUUUUUGCCGUGCAUGCAUCCUGAGAUACUUCGAAAAUAACAAGACCGGCUGCCCGACCUGCAACACAAUCUACAAGAAAAAAUCACAAACAUGUUUCAAAUCUCAAGUUACAUUGGCGACAAGGCUCAGUUCCUCAGCCCUGACGACUCCAUUUCCCUAUCCCUGGAGUACUACCAGUCCCACUUAGACACCACCGAUAAAGAAGACAAGCCAUCUGCUGCUCGUAGCUCGAACAUUAACGAAAGUGAACUCAAACAAACGGACAUUAGUGAAAAUAGUGAUAAAAGCAAGACUGAUUUAACGAACGAAGCAAACAAAACCAGUGAAUGUGUUAAAGACGACGUCGUGACCGGUAGUGAUAAAGAAAGUACUGUUAACGGCGAAAAACAGACCAGCAGAGAUUGUGAUAAAAGGUUUCUGCAGUGUCCGGCAGCGGUUUCCAUGAAGCAUCUUCAGAAGUUCGUGAAGAUGAAGUACGGUCUUACUGGAGAUCACAGGGUGGACAUCAUAUAUAAAGGAGAAGUUUUACCUCAAGACUUCAGUUUGAUGGACGUCGCUUACACCUUCAAAUGGGCAAGAGACAAGCCAAUGAGAUUCUUCUACCGAAUCUUCACCCCUAUGAAAAUAAGGCCAAUCAAGAUCGUUAAUACUGCCGUCGUGGGCGGAGAAAAACAACUGCAAAUAGUACCUGUCAAGUCAACUUCAGAGGCCCCAAAACCGCCACCUAGUCCCAAGGAAGAAAAAGUGGAAAAGAGUGAUAACAACGAAAACAUGUUGGAAGAAACCGAAGAUCAAAGGAAUCGCAAAGAAAGAUUAUUCGCUCACCUACAGCUGCAAAGUAAGAGUCAAGUAGAAAAAGACGCCAAAAAAGUACCUGAAAAACCUAACAAAGUGUGCGUUUAUGAGUAUGAGGAACCUGAUGAGGACGAAAUAAAGAAGUUCGCGGAAAAGAGGGAUAGGGAAUGGGCGCUUCAAAAGAAGCUGGACGAAUCGAAGAGGAAAGACGAGGAAUACGCAGUGCACCACAGCAGCAAGAAACGAAAGAAAAGCAAGCACUCUAAAAACGAAUUCAACGUUCACAAAAAGAGAAAGCUUCACGCCGAGAUAGCUUCCAAUGAGGAGGAACUGAAACUGACUGUGAAAAUCACAAAUAACGGUCACAAACAUAAACAUCAUAAAAGUUCAGCACAGUCCGGAGAGAAGCCCCACUCCUCUGAUAGCAGUUCGAAAGAAAAACUCUUGCAGAUGCGACAAGUGAGACACAAACACCUUUCCAGUGAGGACAAGAAUAUGCAAACUGUUCCAAGCAUUACACUAUCUAAAGAUUCUAGCGCUAUCCCGGAAAAAAUCAAAAUUGAUAGCAAUGGUGAAGCGAUUAAGGAAAAUGGAGAAUCCAGAAAAGUCGCUUUGAAGGGACAGGAAGAAAUCAAAAAGUUCAAAAUCAAAGUGCCCGAGCCCUCGAGCAAUGUAAGUGAGUCAGCAGUGUUGCCCAAGCAGAAAAGUGAGAGUAACAGUACAAGUCCGAAGGUCGGCACCUUUUUGGAGCCUUCAAGUUCCAAAUCAGGUUUUGCUGUGACAAACACUUCUGAAAAGGAAUGGGGCAAGAAACUCCCAACCGUUCACAUCGAGAGAGAUAAGAAAACUGAGAAGCAAGCCCAGAAGACAUUUCUUAAGUCUUUUCAUGCUUAUGCCGAGAAAUACCAACGAAACGAGAAAAUCCAGCAGAAUAAAAUCGAAAACGCGAAAAUCAAACAAAUGAACAUGGCUACAAAUAAAGUUCAAGAUAAAGUAAUUCAAAUGGCAUCUGAAAAUAAUAAGAUAUUAACAAACAAACAGCUAGAAAGAAAAAUAGCUAAUUUGCAACAGCACUGCACCAUUAAAGCCAAGGCACCAGAAAGGAUAGAAAAGAAAGUAGGACUCAAUAACGAUAAAGUGAAAAUUAUGACCCCCCACUAUCCCCCCGGAUUUACGGUGAGCAAAAUAGAGCAAGGCGUCAAAAGGAAAUCCGAGGAUAGUGAAAAGAUCCAAGAUAAGAGGCCAAGUCUCGAGAUUACUCUCAUAAGCCCCCCUACUAAUAGCCCCAUGCAAGUCAACCCUAAGCCUCAAGAGAAGACAUCUGUCAAGAGGCCACCACCUGCCACAAUUCCUCUGGAGAAAAUCAAAAAGUCUGUCAAUCUGAAGUCUGGUAUCAGUAUCAUACCAAAAAUGCCGGAAAGAUGUGACAACAUAGCUCCGUUGGACCUUUCAAAAACUGGAAAAUCGCCGGACAAUUCCCCUAGAAGCUCUCCCAAAAUUGAAAACACGAACGGCUUCGCCGUAACCAGCAACAGACAGCUCAAUGCUUUGAGUAGGCCCAACGAUAAAAGUAACAUGGGCUUGUCCAAUCUUCAAAUGCUGUCCAAAGUUGCUACGGAGCACUCUAGCUUGAACAGCAAAACACCUCAAUUCACCAGCUUGAUGAUGAAUAGGCCGCAAAUACCGAAUUUACAAGCUUUGAAGGUUCCAUCUAUGCAAAACCCUGGGCAAAUGAAGACACCGAAUCUGCAAAAAAUGCCAAAACUGAACGAAAUUCACAAGUUCAGGCCAACCAACGCCCAAAUCCGGAAUCUGCGCCCCAAUCAGAACCAAAACAUCAGGAAUAUUCCAAAUCCCAGUCUCCUGAUCAGGCAGAACCAAAACAGGCUGAACUCGCAGAUCACGAUUCAUCCAACUUCCGCCGAGAACACGGCUAAAUCGAUCCCAACUGGUUCACCGGCUACUACUUCAUCCACCUCAGUUCCCAAAGAAACCACGAUCAGUGCCGUUAAGAACGUUUUGGAAUCCAAAUUGCAAGAGAAAAAAGAAAUUUCAGUAUGAACGGAAAAGUUUUGACUGGACUGCCGGAGAUAUUAUGGAAGGAAAUAUGUGAUAAAGUGUUGAGUGCGGUACAAAUUGGUUUAAUAACGUAAUGAAGAUUCUCUGUAUUGAUUUACAAUAUAUGUCGUUAGCGAUUGUAACACUCAACGCUGCAUAGCGGGAACUUGUUCUUGGUUCUUGUUGUGAAUCUCAGAACCAUCCACCUUUGAAAAUCGAUGGAAUAAAAAUUGCUGUCAACUGGAAGGUGACUCUAAUCUAGCGAGACGAAGAGCGUCUCAGUCCUUGGUCCAAUGUUAUAAAGUUAUGAAACAUGGAAUGCAAGACCUCUAGCCCCAAAAGUUUUUUUUAUCUUCCAUACAAUCGUCGAAAGCCUCAAAUUAGCCACCAACCCCAGAUUUUUUCCUCAUUCGAGGAAUUGGGGGACUCGAAUAUGCACUUGGUUAGUACCUCGUUUACGGGUAGGUGGAGCGAUGACAAAUAUGUUGUUGGUCGUUCGCUCCAGCUUUGUUCGAGGAAUGAUACUCUGAAAGGGAUUCGAUUUUUAAAUAUGGAAAAGCAUCGACUUCGUGUUGAUAAUGAAAACAACCUUGAACUGAUGAGAGGCCAAAUAGCCCAAAACUGGCUUGCAAGUGUGCUCGUUCCAAUGAAUGAGAAUCGAUUCCGGCUAUUGUAUCGCCAAAAGCAUAUGCAGGAAUUACUCCUGUCAAGAAUCCUGCACUGACACCUAUCGGUUAUA